CACACGGAUUAGUACGCAUCCCACUUUUGGUUGCAUCGCGUCAUUUUUCAGCGCUAAAACAAAAGAGAAUCGGUAACUCGCUACGAAAACUUUUUGGUGCCGUUUAAAAAAGUUAAUGGAAUCUGUCAAAUUUCCCGCGUAAACUUUUUAUUUUUUAAUUAUGGAAAACUUUUUAAACUACCAGUGCAACGAUGAAAGUUGGAGUCAACAAUGUUUAACAGCCAGUUCUUGUGGAGAAGUGGUGCCAGUUGCAAAACAAAGGUGUCAAGCAAACGCUCGUGAAAGGGACCGAACGCAAAACAGCGUGAAUACGGCGUUCAACACGCUGCGCCUGCUCAUCCCGACGGAACCGCCGGAGAGGAAGCUCAGCAAGAUCGAGAUCCUGCGUCUAGCUGGCAGCUACAUCACGCACCUCGAUAACCAACUUUACACAGGUGACAUGGAGCAACCGUGUCUUCAAAAGAAUGAAAUUGACCAUAAAAACCAAUCACUAUGUACAUUUUGCUGGUCUUCUGUGAAAAAAGAAAAAACCUCAGCUUCAGGUUACAACUAUUACAAAAUUUCUUAUUAAGCGGGCGUGUUUGUAAGUAAUUAAUAAGGUAUUUAAUGAGUAACUAGUCCUUUGUAUAACAAAAUUAGGUUUUUUUUAUAUUUUAAUAAUCUUUGUAUCGAUGAAAAAUGCAAUAACAAAUCAAAUGUAAAGUUCACUGAGUGAGAAUGAAUUAAAAAAAGUGGAAUUAAUAGACUACAUAAUGAAAUUUACUUAAUUUUAUUGCAAAUAGAGUUAAAAUUUUAAAACUGGGGUUCAACUUGAUGUGUUUUUGUCGGAGGAACAUAUAAACAAUAUUAAAAAAAUAUAUAUCCACUUUAUAAGUUUGUGUAUACUGUGUAGGUAAUAAUUAGAAGUAAAUAAAACCACUGCAUUCGAAAUGGCACUUUUUAUUUCACGUAAAAAUGUACUAUGCAUUAAGAACGUAGAAGGAAACUGCAAUCAUCACAACCAGUACUAAAAUAUAUUUUCUAUGAAAUUAAUUUUUAUCUGAAUUAUUGUUACAGAAAUAAAGAUGUUAAUAAAAUUAAAUAUUAUAAGACAUGAAAUUUUGUAAGUAUAUCAUAUGAUAUUAGUUUUGUUAUAAUAGUGCUUUUUAAUUUUUUUAAGCUUAUUAUUGUGAUUCUAAUGUUUGAACAUGAACUUAUGGAAAAUCAGUCAGUUUAAAAGUAUUUAAAAUCAUAGCCAAAAUUUAUUUAAAUAUUAAGUAUGACGACAUCAACUUGUUAUACUUUUAAUUAAGUCUUAGUGGCAGUGUUUUAUGAUAUUUUUAUAUAAUGUUUCUAACAAUAUGUAAGUAGGUAAUUUAGUAGAAAAUCUAGUAGUACAUAGGUAUGAAACAUAUUUACAUCGCUUAAUAAUAUAAUUAAAUGUAUACUUUUGCGCGAGAACCAUUAACAUGUAAAGUACAUAUUUUAAGUACGUAAGUGCAGUUCUAUCAUUGAUAUUUAUAAAUGUUAAUAACAAUAAAUCUUUAUUUGUACCUGU